UCUUUGGGCCUCCCAUAGGGGUGCCACUGGAGCCUGUGAUUUGUCAGGGAAAUCUCAGCCACCUGCUCUCCUCAUGCAAAUAGACCCAAGCCCCUGACAGCUGCACCUUGGGCCUCCAACUCUAAGCUCUGAGCCUGGCUGAGACUUAGGGCAGCCUGACCCCUCUGGCUCCUGCUCCCACAGCCCCAGCAGGGUGCCGUGAGCCAGGCCAGACCCAGGACUGGGAGCAGGCAGCAGGGUUGCCCUUCACUUUCAAUCCUCUGCCCGAAGCAGGGGCAGGCCUGCGCAUCCUUCCUGGUGAUCCCCCGUGCCUCUCUCCCCCACCCAGGAUCAGACCCAGGGGCAGCUGGUUGGGGUUUGUCAAGAAGAAGGAUUAUCCAGAUCAGUCCCUUCUAAUCUCAGCUCCUGCCUGUACCCUCCCAUUCACUGUAACCCUCUCCCCCAACCUCCCUGAGCUAGGGACACAAUUUGAGGCAUUGACGAUGGGGCAUCUAUCACCCUUGUGUCCUGGCUCCUGGAUUGUUGCUAAGUGGACCCUGACUGCCAAGAUCGUCACCACUGGUGGGGGCCAGGGCUGGGGGGCCACUGGAGCUGAGGUUGCUACUGCUCCUUUGCACCCCUCCCAAACCCCAACCCCUAAUCCUCACAGCUUUGCUCUAAUCCCAUGGGGCCUGAUGCUCUUAUCUCUGCCUGUGGGGAGACUGACCAGGGAAGCACCCCUUCAGCCCCUCCUUUCUUGGGGCUUGUGGUGGGGGGCUGCUCCCCUCUAGGCCCCACACUCCUGCUCCCACACCUCCUCCAGGCUGGGCCCAAGUCUCUUUGGAAGCCACACACCUCCCUCCCUCCUUGUCCUCUCCCCCCACCCCUGCCAGCUGAUUUAAUUUGCCUGACGUGGUGGUUGGACUUACCCUUCCCUGUCAGGCCCCCCACCCCCCCGCCAGUCGGGGCCAGGCCAGGCCAGCUCCUCUGGCAGUAGAGCCUGGGCAGGUGACGGGCAGGCGUUGCAGCCGAGGGAGUGAGGAGGCACCCGGGAACCAGAGCCGGAAACCUGGGAGAGGUCCAGCCAGAGCCCAAGAGCCGGAGCUACCCCUCGACUGUCAGCCAUGGGGGAGAUGGAGCAGCUGCGGCAGGAAGCGGAGCAGCUCAAGAAGCAGAUUGCUGAUGCCAGGAAAGCCUGUGCCGACAUCACUCUGGCAGAGCUGGUGUCUGGCCUAGAGGUGGUGGGACGAGUCCAAAUGCGGACGCGGCGGACCUUAAGGGGGCACCUGGCCAAGAUCUAUGCCAUGCACUGGUCCACUGACUCCAAGCUGCUGGUAAGUGCCUCGCAAGACGGGAAGCUGAUCGUGUGGGACACCUACACCACCAACAAGGUGCACGCCAUCCCGCUGCGCUCCUCCUGGGUCAUGACCUGUGCCUACGCCCCAUCAGGGAACUUUGUGGCAUGCGGGGGGCUGGACAACAUGUGUUCCAUCUAUAGCCUCAAAUCCCGUGAGGGUAAUGUCAAGGUCAGCCGGGAGCUCUCUGCUCACACAGGUUAUCUCUCCUGCUGUCGAUUCCUGGAUGACAACAAUAUAGUGACCAGCUCCGGGGACACCACAUGUGCCUUGUGGGACAUUGAGACUGGGCAGCAGAAGACUGUGUUUGUGGGACACACGGGGGACUGCAUGAGCCUGGCUGUAUCUCCCGACUUCAAACUUUUCAUCUCGGGGGCCUGUGAUGCCAGCGCUAAGCUCUGGGACGUGCGCGAGGGGACCUGCCGUCAGACUUUCACUGGCCAUGAGUCGGACAUCAACGCCAUCUGUUUCUUCCCCAAUGGAGAGGCCAUCUGCACAGGCUCGGAUGAUGCCUCCUGCCGCUUGUUUGACCUGCGGGCAGAUCAGGAACUGACCGCCUACUCCCAUGAGAGCAUCAUCUGCGGCAUCACGUCCGUGGCCUUCUCCCUCAGCGGCCGGCUGCUCUUCGCUGGCUAUGACGACUUCAACUGCAAUGUCUGGGACUCCAUGAAGGGCGAGCGCGUGGGCAUCCUCUCUGGCCAUGACAACAGGGUCAGCUGCUUGGGGGUCACAGCUGAUGGGAUGGCAGUGGCCACUGGCUCGUGGGACAGCUUCCUCAAAAUCUGGAACUAAUGAGCCUGGAGGAAGGGAAGCAGAAGGCCAUGCAGACACUCAGCUGCCCCCUCGCUCCCCCAUCUCCUUCAGGUUCUCUCUUCUGUAUCCCAGGUGCCAUUCCCACUGAGCUUUCUCCCGAGGGCAGAGGGAGGACGGGGAGUGUGCCUUUGGGAGGCAGCCUCAGGGACACAGGGGCAAAGAACUGCCCCUUCUCCUCCCAUGGCCUCCCCUCCCCACAGUCCUCACAGCACUCCACUUAAUGAGGACAACCAACCCCUACCCAGCCCUUCCCAGGCCCAGCAGGGUGGAGGUGGAGGCUCCAGGCCUCAGGAUCCCUCCCCCAGAGCCACUAUCUUUGUCCAGACCUGGGUGGUAUAGGGCACUCAGCCCCAUGACUAUGGCACUUGCACCACUAAGGUCCUUGCCCCCUUCUUUUUUUCUCUCCUAAAGCAUCUGCAAUAAAGCAUAGCACCCUGGUACAUCUGU